CAGCUGAGAGUUGUGGACUGUGAAACUAUAUAACGCUGCGCUGUGGCUGUCGGACCAUGAGCCUGACUUGACAGGGACCGACCAGACUCAGACCCGGAGCAAUGAAGACAACGCUGGCUGCUGCGACUCUCUGCCUGGUGGCGCUCACCGCCGCCGGCUUCCCCUUCGAGAGGAAAGGAGGCUCGCCGCCCGGCGUCGCUCCCAAGGAGAAGCGCGUGCAGUACGCGGCGUGGGAUGACGUGAACGUCAUAGCCCACGGCCUGCUGCAGCUGGGCCAGGGGCUGAAGGAGCACGUGGACAGGACCAAGGUCCAAAUGAGGGACAUCUCCACCAAGCUGAAGCUCUUCAACCGCACGGUGGCCGAGAUGGGCCGGGAAAGCCAGCGGCUGCGGGCGGAGGGGGAGGCCCUGGCCGCUCGGGCCCGGGGGCUGGAGGACCGGGAGGGCCAGCUGCUGAACGUCACCGCCGAGCUGAGGGAGAAGGCGGAGGAGAUGCAGCGGGAGAGGAGGGCGAUGGGCGAGCGGAUGGGCCGCCUGGAGGAGCGGGUGGACGGCGUGCUGCAGGGGGAUGCGGUGCAGCCGGGGGCCAGGAACAACAGCGACGCCCGCAGCAUCCAGCUGAUGCUGGAAUCUCAGAACCGACGCAUCGAUGAUCUGAUGGAGAGGAUCCGACUCCAGCAGGAGAAGCUGGACAAGCAGAACGUGCGCAUCAGGACCCUGCAGAGCCAGAUCCAUCAGUCGAGACAGACCGCGACCCCCCCGCGCGGCACCAACGACUCCGCGCAGAGCCGCGUCCCCGAGCAACGCGACUCGCCAGUCGACGCGGCGUCCGACUGUCACGAGCUGUUCCUCCGAGGAGAGACCGCCAGCGGCGUCUACAGCGUCCGGCCCGGCGCCGAGCCGUUCGACGUCUACUGCGAGAUGACCCCCGAGGGCGGGUGGACCGUGAUCCAGCGACGCCGGGACGGCUCCGUUGACUUUGACCGGCUGUGGGAGGCCUAUGAGAAGGGCUUUGGCAGCCUGAAGGGAGAGUUCUGGUUGGGCCUGGAGAAGAUCCACUCCAUUGCCAGAAACGGCGGCUACGUCCUCAACAUCAAGCUCUCCGACUGGGCGGAUGACCUGGUAUCUCUCAGCCUGCCCUUCCAGCUGGGUGGAGAAGACACCAGGUACUCGCUCCAGAUUGCAGAGGUUGGCGCAUUCAGCACCUUGGAGAGCUCCCUGGGGACUGACGCCACAUCUGGCCUGCCUUUCUCCACCCACGAUCAAGACAAUGACCAGAAAAGUGACACCAACUGCGCCAGGCACCUCUCUGGUGGUUGGUGGUUCAGCAACUGCGGCCGCUCCAACCUGAACGGCAGGUACUUCCAGAGUCCUCCUCCUAAGCAGCGUCACCAAAGGAAGCAGGGCAUCUUCUGGAAGACCUGGAGGGGCCGCUACUACCCUCUGAAGUCCAGCGUGAUGAUGAUUGCCCCCGCCGCCAUCGAGAACAAGUCAUGAGCACUAGAAUUAGACAGAGACAGGCAGAAAGUAUCACAGAACAAGGAGGAGGGUGUUGGACUGUUCGUUCUCCUCGUAGUGCUUCGUUUCCACCGCUGUGGUUUUGUCUGAGUGAAGAAUCCUUCAGGCCCCUUAGAACAAAGGCGAAUGGAAGCAAAUGAGUUCCAAUCCCUCCCUGCAUCUAGAACCACAAACACAAACAAGAGAGGGACUAAAUGUGCAGCUGCAGCUUUCCCACUUUGUGCCAUUGCAAUGGAUUCCUUCCAUUGGCACGAAGCAGGGGCCCCUAAUCAGCAGAGCGAGUCCCGGCCUGUCCGCUGCUCCGCGAGCCGCAGAGCGUUUCCAACAUGUCGAGACUUCUGCAGACGCGUGGCGUCAGCAGCCCGGUCGCAGCCAGACAGUUUCCAUGUACACGUGAUGACAUGCGUUGCAAUUAUUUAACUGUAAACCAGGAUCGUGACGCACAAACUGUAAGAAAGCUUUUACGGGACACUGAGAACCACCACAGCCUUUUCUACUGUACAUGCAAUAUAAUCGGUCAGCCAUUUUGAAUCAAAGUAAGCUUCUUCUUCACUGACUUUAAUUUUUUUUCCGUGGAGAUUUUGAUGAUGUUGAGUCACAUUGACUGCUUUUAUGAUGAGACACCUGGUUUUGUGCAUAUUGUAUGAAGGACUGUUGUGUCGUCUUUUCCUGACUGUUACUCGCGGUGACGUUCGUCUCAUAAAUUGAGUUUCUUUUUAUAGAUGCUCCCUUUUCUUAUUUAAAUGAUGUAAAGAAUCAAUAUAUGUAUGUAUUUCUGGUGCUGCCUGUAAUUUAUAUUGUCUUUGUUGUAUUUACUAGAUGUAUAAUUGUUUUAUAGAAGAAAAUAAUGUUCUGGCCACAAUGCGCCAAUAAAGUCUAUUUAAACUA